AGCGUGGAGGACAUGCAGCCCUCGGGCCGGCAGACCCCCCAGCGGUCCAGGAGCCGGCUCAGCCCCAACCGGCGCCACAGCAGGCACCGGGCCAACUCCUUCGACGAAGUCCUGGUGGACGAGCUGGACAUGCUCCAGGAGGCCGCGGCCACCGUCAUCCAGGGCGCCCGGCGGGGGGACUACGGGACGGCCGUCGCCAUCCAGGCCCUCUGGCGGGGGUACCUCGCCAGGCAGCGGACAGCCACCCAGCGGGCGGAGGCAGCUUCCUGGGAGGGCUAUGGGGCCGAGCCAGGUCAUCGCUGGGCCCAGCCAGAUUACCGCAGGGCCGAGCCAGGACACAGCAGGGCCGAGCUGGGGUACCACAGGACUGAGUCGGGGUACCACAGGGCCGAGUCGGGGUACCACAGGGCCGAACCGGGGUACCGCAGGACUGAGCCAGGGUACCGCAGGGCCGAGCCCGGGUACCACAGGACUGAGCCGGGGUACCACAGGACUGAGCCGGGGUACCACAGGGCCGAACCGGGGUACCACAGGGCCGAGCCAGAGCUGGAGGAGGAGCAGGCUGCUGUGGUGAUACAGGCCCAUUACCGGGGCUACCGGGUGCGGUGUGAGAUUUACAACCAGCACUUGGCUGCCGCCAUCAUCCAGGCCCAUUAUCGGGGGUACCGGGCGCGCCAGGAUUUGGCCGAGAUGCGCCAAGCCGCCACCACCAUCCAGGCCCACUGGCGGGGGCCUACUGCGCCGGCGG